AUGGAUAGAAAGACAGAUAACCUCAAGAAUACCAGCGAUUAUGAUGGCAAAAGAGUUUCCGGAUGGGGCCAAAGACAUCAGCAAUGUGUUCUUUUAUUCCUAUGCCUCACAAUUGCAUACAGCAUGCGAUCUUGCAUGGGAGUGUCUUUGGUAGCAAUGGUGAUGCAUGAUAACAAAUUACCCAAUUACAAUAAUACUAAUCAUACAGAUGCUGCUAUUGUUCUUAAUGAAACAAUAGUUGAUAAUAAUUUAACUAUACUAUCACCAGUGAAUACAACAGACAAACAUACUAGUUUAUAUAUCAGUGAAGAGGCAUAUGAAUCUGCAGGAUUCUUCAAUACGUUAAUGCUGACGCCACCAUACCCAAGAUUUGGAUGGAGCAAACAAGUUCAAGACAGUGUUAUAGCAUCCUUCUUCUGGGGCUACGUAGUGCUGCAAAUUCCAGCUGGACAAUUAGCACAUCGUUUCGGAUCUACUGCCUUGCUCUCAAUUGCAUUGCUUAUCAAUUGCGUAGUAUCUUUGGGAUUUCCUUUGGCUUCUCAUUACGGUGGUUGGGUAUUCGCAGUCAUAUUUAGAAUAAUUCAGGGUCUGAGUCAAGCAUGUGUUAUACCGAGCCUGCACACAGCUCUUGGGAAAUGGGCGCCUCUAGCGGAGAGAGCUAGAAUGUCAGCUUUCGUACAUGGAGGAUCAGCAUUAGGCACAGUACUAGGACUUCCCAUAACGGGUUUUAUUGCAACUUCACCACUCGGUUGGCCAGGGAUUUUCCGAUUCUAUGGAACACUUUCCGGAAUUAUGGGAGUUGCAAUAUGGCUGCUUGGUGCUGACAAUCCUGCAAAGCAUCCUAAAGUAUCAGCUGAGGAAAGAAUGUACAUAGAACAGGAUUUGGGACAGCAUGACACGAAGAAAAAAAUAGCCAUACCUUGGUCCCGCUUACUGCGCAGUCGCGGCCUGUAUGCCAUAGUAAUUGCCCACACUGGGUAUUCUUGGGGCAAUUUGUUUCUAUACUCCGAGGUACCUUCUUACAUGAACAAAAUAAUGGGUGUAAAUAUCAAAGCGAAUGGCAUGUUGACGGCUCUCCCAUUUUUCGUUAUGUGGCUUACAAACUUCUUCUUCAGUUGGUUUGCUGACAUGAUCAUUGUUAAGAAGUACUUCAGUGUAACGACUACGAGGAAACUGGCCAACUCUUUGGGUUGCGUGCCGGCCGCUGUGUUAUUUAUUGCACUGGCUUAUGCUCCGAGUAAUAUUUAUGUAGUUGAAACAAUUUUGGUUUUAAUUUGCGCUUUCAAUAUAUCCUCGCAUGUUGGUUUUCAGGUAAACCACAUCGACAUCUCGCCAAACUUUGCUGGCAUCAUGAUGAGCAUCAGUAAUUUCUUCUCGAACCUCGUCGGAUCGUUAGCGCCAAUUGUUACAGGCCUCAUCUUAAAGAGCGAUCCGGCAAGCAAAUAUCUGUGGAGACAAGCGUUCUUCGUGGCAAGCGGUCUGUACUUCUUCUCCAAUCUCAUCUAUGUACUAAUUGGUACUGCCGAAUUAGCUGAAUGGAAUGACCCUGACACUACAGAUGCCCCGAAAAACGAAGAAGAAAAUACACCAAUACUCGAAAAACCUAAUGUCGUAAAAAUUUUGUAA